UUUCCUUAUUUAAUUUGCCCACUUUUCUAAAAUACUUUUUCAUUUUCUUUAGGCCACCACAAUGGCUAUUCCAAAAGAAUUAUUGUUUUUACUUUUGGGUAUAGCCAUUUUGUCAAAAGUUGCUGAAUGUGCAUCUUUUGGUUCACGUCGUGGCCUUGUAGAGACAGUUUUUGAUGUUACAAGGUUUGGAGCUACACCAAAUACCCCUGCAGAUAGCACUAGGGGACUUAUGAUGGCAUGGAGAUCAGCUUGCCAAUCACCAGGACCAGCCAAAGUUGUUAUUCCUCCAGGAACAUUUACUACAGGAGAAACUAUAUUUCAAGGACCAUGCACAAGUCCUAGGCCAAUUACUAUUGAAAUUCAAGGAACUUUGUUGUCAAAUACUGACAUGAGUUUGUACACAAGAGCAGCUUGGAUUUCUAUCGAACAUGUUGAUGGUAUUGUUAUUACUGGUGGAGGAACUCUAAAUGGACAAGGAAAAUCGAGUUGGCAAUUUGCUGAUAAAUCUGGAAGUACUCCUCCUCUUCCCUCUUCUCUUGUAUUUCAGACAGUGCGAAGUUCUUCGAUCAAGAACCUCAAUUUUGUGGAUGCCAAAGGUGUCCACUUGAAAAUCACCGAUAGCAGUGAUAUCUCAGUUUCAAAUAUCAUAAUUACAGCUCCAGGAGAUAGUCCAAACACUGAUGGUCUUCAUAUUAGUGAAACUAUUAAUGUUAAUGUCACUGAUAGCACCAUUGGAACAGGUGAUGAUUGCAUUAGUAUUGGAGAUGGCAAUUCUAAUGUUUAUAUCUCUAAUAUAAAUUGUGGCCCGGGACAUGGUAUAAGUAUUGGCAGCCUUGGGAAAAGAUUAGAUGAAACAGACGUUAAAGGAGUUACAGUAAGAAAUUGUACAUUCCGUGGCACAACAAAUGGUGCAAGAAUCAAAACUUAUAUGGGCUCACCUUCACUACAAGUUUCUGGUGUUGUUUAUGAAGAUAUAAUCCUAGAUAAUGUCAAAAAUCCAAUCGUUAUUGAUCAACACUAUCAUUCCAAGAACAGGAAUGAGCCAUCUAGAGUGAAACUAGUGGAUAUUCACUUCAAGAACAUAAGAGGAACAACAACUUCAAAAAUUCCGGUGGCACUCAAUUGCAGUGAAGCACUUCCAUGUGAAGGAGUUGAAUUGGUUGACAUUGAUCUAGCUCCAGUUGGUCCAAUUGGACCUCUUUUGCCUGCAACUUGUCAAAAUGCUAAAACAAUAUUGAAUGGGAAAAAUAACCCACCAGCAUGCUAAUUAAUUAUUAGUACAUCUUUUCUACCUCAAAUUAUGUCUAUGAAAAAUGUAUAUAUAUCCUGAUUUAAUCACAUAAUUUGCUUAAAGUGUAUAACAAUAUUUCUCUUUUUUUUUCUG